AUGUCUCACUAUUUUUCUCCAGGCUUGGCCAUAGUGAUCAGUCUACUAAGAACUUCCCAGAGUGCUCACCAUGAUUACCAUUUCCUGUCCAAGAACAACGAGAUAUUGACAGCUUUUACAUGGGCCACUAUCGGCGGGCCUCAGGACUAUUGGAUUUCACCUGCAGAGGACUUAAACAAGACAUAUGUGACCUAUAGUAAUGUUAUGCCGAAGUCAUAUGUGACAAGCGGCAAUAUUACGUCUACGUCUAUACGAUCGCCGAACAGACCAAGGAAAACGAGGUCCCUCCCUGCAAUCUUCAAUGAUGACAUAUCCACUGACAUAACCCUCAAAACCGUCAUCCCUAUAUUCCAAGUGCACCAGAGCACUUUCCUGAGACUCGAAUUGCCGUUAACCUACAAAAUUCCUUUAAAGUCCUUCAGCCACAAGAUAGAAAGUACGAAGAGAGCAAGCGACGAGGCUGCUUCCACUUCUGGGAUAGAGGACAUCGAAGGGUUUGUCUCCUUGCUGGGUGUGGACGGCAAAGCAUGUGUCAGAAGAUGUGUGUGUGAAAUGGCUGCCGCGCCAUCUCUCAACCUCCGUGGCUUUGUGGGCGAAGUGGUGCAGAUUUUCGUCAGACUCCCUCCAUCCAAUGGGGAGUACAUGAAGGCUGCCGAAUAUGGAAAAGAACACGGGGACUGCUGGCGUGUUUAUCCCGAGUGCCCCAUCUCCAUAUUGUCUCUCGUCAAUAGUUAGUGGAACUCCCCUUUCAACUUCCUCCUUCUUUGUGCCCUGAAACUUAACGUAUUUAUAGUGACGGAUUUAUCACUUCGUUCUGUUACGCCCAGGUAUAUUUUCACACCAGCCCCACGGUAAGGGUUUCGAUUCUCUUUCAUUUUUAAAGGUGAAAGGAUGGAUCAAAGCAUUUUGAAGUUGGUUUGGUCAUGUGGAAAGAAUCGUUGACCAUAAGAUGGUGAAAGUUGUGCAUAGUUCUUAAGCAAUAUCAGGAAGGGAGGAAAAAACCUUGAACGUGUUUAACAGACUUGUAAAAAGGGCCUUAAUAUCAAGGAAGUGCAAGUGCGUCCACAAUAAGUGACAGCCGCAGUAUGUGAUCAGAUUCAACAUUUUAAGUGACAUUUGUGAAUCCGGAUGAUGCGGCUAAUGCUGAAAAGGUCUUACUGCACAGGGACUUCAUCAUGAUUCAGCAGUUAAAAUAAUGGAUGUGGCAAUGACCGUUUGCUUUUUCCCCUCUUGAUGCACCUUAUUAUGGAAAAUUUCCAAAUGUCUG